UUUUUCAGAUGUAAGAAAUAGACUUCCAUUAUGCUUUUAAUAUGAACACACAUUCUUCUUAUGUCUUCAUUCAAGAAUGUCCUUUAUUUCCAAGCUGGUCUUGGAAUCCUGGCCAAUAUGUUUCUCCUUUUUUUCUAUACCUUUAUAAUCCUAGGUCACAGACCUAAGCCCAUGGACCUGAUCUCCUGUCAACUGUCCUUUGUUCACAUACUGUUGAUCCUCACUGGAGGGGACAUUUGGCUUACAGACAUAUUUGAAUCACUAAAUGUCGAAAAUGACUUCAAAUGUAAGGCAACGUUUUACAUAAACAGGGUGAUGAGAGGCCUCUCCAUCUGCAUCACCUGCCUCCUAAGUGUGUUCCAGGCUGUCACUAUCAGUCCCAGUACAGCUUUGCUGGCAAAAUUUAAACAUAAACUAAAAAAAUACAUGAUCAAUGCUCUUUUCUAUAUUUGGUCUUUCAACUUGUCAUUCAGUAGUAACCGGAUCUUCUAUGUUGGUGCUUACACCAACAUGAGUACAGCCAAUCAGAUGAAGGUCACUGAAUACUGCUCACUCUUCCCCAUGAACUACAUCAUCAGAGGAUUGAUUUUAAUACUGACAACAUCCAGAGAUGUGUUUCUUGUAGGAGUCAUGCUGACCACAAGCGCAUACAUGGUGAUUCUCUUGUUCAGACAUCAGAAGAAGUGCAAGCAUCUUCAUAGCAUCAGCCACCUGAGAGCAUCCCCCGAGAAAAGGGCCACCCAGACCAUCUUGCUGCUGGUGGUUUUCUUUGUGGUCAUGUACUGGGUGGACUUCACCAUCUCAUCCACCUCAGUCCUGUUAUGGAUGUACGACCCGGUCCUCCUGACUGUUCAGAAGUUUGUGAUGAAUGCCUAUCCUGCAAUUACUCCUUUGGUACAAAUCAGUUCUGAUAGCAGAAUAAUCAAUGUGAUGAAAAUCUUGCAGUCAAAAUUCCACUAG